CCGCAGCUCAGUGCCCUACGCGGCCGCUCCGCCCCCUGCCCAGGUCUCAAAAGCCCCGCCGGGCUCCGAGCACCCGCCCAGCCCCGCAUCCCUCAGCAUGGCCUGGAACACCAACCUCCGCUGGCGGCUGCCGCUCACCUGCCUGCUCCUGCAGGGGGCUAUGGUGGUUCUCUUCGGGGUGUUCGUGCGCUACGACUUCCAGGCCGACGCCCACUGGUGGACGGGGAGGGCGCACAGGAACCUCAGCGACCAGGAGAACGAAUUCUACUAUCGCUACCCGAGCUUCGAGGAUGUGCACGUGAUGGUGUUUGUGGGCUUCGGCUUCCUCAUGACCUUCCUGCAGCGCUACGGCUUCAGCGCCGUGGGCUUCAACUUCCUGCUGGCGGCCUUUGGCAUCCAGUGGGCGCUGCUCAUGCAGGGCUGGUUCCACUCCUUCCAAGACAACCACAUCCUCGUGGGCGUGGAAAACCUCAUCAAUGCUGACUUCUGUGUGGCCUCUGUCUGCGUGGCCUUCGGUGCAGUUCUAGGUAAAGUCAGCCCCAUUCAGCUGCUCAUCAUGACUUUCUUCCAAGUGACCCUCUUUGCUGUGAAUGAGUUCAUUCUGCUUAACCUGCUACAGGUGAAGGAUGCAGGGGGCUCCAUGACCAUCCACACAUUCGGCGCCUACUUUGGGCUCACAGUGACCCGGAUCCUCUACCGACACAACUUAGAGCAGAGCAAGGAGAGAGAGAGUUCUGUGUACCAGUCGGACCUCUUUGCCAUGAUUGGCACCCUCUUCCUGUGGAUGUACUGGCCCAGCUUCAACUCAGCCAUAUCCUACCACGGCGACAGCCAGCACCGAGCUGCCAUCAAUACCUACUGCUCCUUGGCAGCCUGUGUGCUUACCUCAGUGGCAACAUCCAGUGCCCUGCACAAGAAGGGCAAGCUGGACAUGGUGCACAUCCAGAAUGCCACACUUGCGGGAGGAGUGGCCGUGGGUACCGCUGCUGAGAUGAUGCUCAUGCCUUAUGGCGCCCUCAUCGUCGGCUUCCUCUGUGGCAUCUUCUCCACCCUGGGUUUCGUAUACCUGACCCCAUUCCUGGAGUCCCGGCUGCGGAUCCAGGACACAUGUGGCAUUAACAACCUGCACGGCAUUCCUGGCAUCAUAGGCGGCAUCGUGGGUGCCGUGACGGCGGCCUCCGCCAGCCCAGAAGUCUACGGAGAAGAAGGGGCUCAUUUUGAGAUUACCAUUCUGGGGACAACCUUCAGAUGAGAACUGCUUUGAGGAUGCAGUCUACUGGGAGGUGAGCUCUAUGGAUUUGUCCCCCUGAAGGAGGCCAGAGGCGUUCCCUUCCUACCUCCACCUGCAUCAGCUGGACUGGCCUGGGAGCCAGACACCAGGGGUGGGGGUCAGAGCCUGCAUCACCCUACCUCAUUGGGGAAGGCUACGUCUCAAGGAGUUGAAGACUUUUCCCUCCUGACCCCAGGGCUUGGAGUGGGUGGUGUGUACCUCUCUUUCUGCAACCCUGGGGUCGGGGGGUGACAGAAGCAAGCUCGGGGCUGCAGCUGGAGUUUACUCUUGUCCCUAAAGACUCAGUCAGCUUUAUGCUAGCAUAGGGGUCCCCAUGGUAUGGUGGCCAGCACCAUCAGCAUUGAAAACUAGUUAGAAGAGCCGAUUUUCACUGGCUGUAGUAACUCAUGACUAAUCCCCACACUGGGAGGCUGAAGCAGGACUGCUGGAGCCCAAGGGUUUGAGACUAGCUGGGCAACAUAGGGAGACCCUCUCUCUACAAGAAAAGUAGAAAAAUUAGCCAGAUGUAGUGGCAUGUGUCUGUAGUCCCAAUUACUCUGGAGGCUGAGGCAGGAGGAUCACUUGAGUCCAGGAGGUGGAGGCUAAAGUGAGCUAUGAUGGUGCCACUGCACUCCAGCCUGGGCAAUAGAACAAGACCCUUUAAGAAAGAAAGAGAAUAUUCUGGGCACGGUGGCUCAUGCUUGUAAUCCCAACACUUUGGGAGGCCGAGGUGGGUGGAUCACGAGGUCAGGAGUUCAAGACCAGUCUGAACAACAUGGUGAAACCCCGUCUCUGCUAAAAAUACAAAAAUCAGCCAGGCAUGGUGGCAUGUGCCUGUAAUCCCAGCUACUCAGGAGGCUGAGGCAGGAGAAUCUCUUGAACUGGGAAGGUGAAGGUUGCAGAGUCGAGAUCGCGCCACUGCACUCCAGCCUUUACAACAGGGUUAGACUCUGUCUCAAAAAAAAAAAGAGAGAGAGAAAGACCACCAGCCUGGGUUGGAAAUCACAGUGCAGUGCUCAGCUUCCAUCUCCAUAAGAACCACUUGGAGACCUUCCCAGACACCACCCCAGAGGUUCUGAUUCAGUAGGGCCCUGGACUGCAAGUGACAAGCUCCCAGGUGAUUCUGAUACAGAAACUGAAUUCUGGACUGGAUGUGGAGGCUCAUGCUUAUAAUCCCAGCACUUUGAAAAGCCAAAGCAGGCAAAUCCCUUGAGAUCAGGAGUUCGAGACCAGCCUGGCCAACACGUUGAAACCCUGUCUCUACUAAAAAUAAAAAAAUUAGCCAGGCUCACUGUCUCGUGCCUAUAAUUGCAGCUACCCAGGAGGCUGAGGCAGGAGAAAUGCUUGAACCCCAGGGGGUGGAGGUUGCAGUGAGCCAAUAUCUUGCCACUGCACUCUAGCCUGGGCAACAGAGCCAGACUCUGUCUCAUAAAAAAGAAAAAGAAAAAGAAAAACGGAGCUCUGCAACACUCCACCACUUCCAGGAGCUUGAGAAACGUUGUAGAUUUGAAAGUGGUGGAAUGUCGCAGAACUCAGUUUCCUUAAGAACAUGCAGCAGUCUGGGCUUUCUGUGACUUCAGGCUGGCCUCUCCCCAUGAAUCAUGAUUAGAGGUGCCUACCUGGCACUGGAUGAGGGUGAAUGGCAGGACUCCCCUCAUGCCUCCUGCACUGACUCCUUGUGACAAGCGUGAGGACCAGCCUUUGUCUAUAGCUCCUGGGACAAGGGACCACCCAUAAUGCCGUUCACUUGGCUCAGUCUUUUUAAAACCACACCAGAAGUUUUCAGGGUAAAUUUAAUAUCCACCACAAGCCAAUUUCAUGCACAUAAUGAAUGUCUCUUAAAUUCUUAAAAAUUUUGUAAUUUAAAAAUGACUAGAUACUCAUUAAAGAAAAUCCGGAAAUAGAGAAAAAUAGAAAUAUCAUCACCCUAUAUCAAGCAAUAUUAAUAUUUUCUGGUAUAUUUACUUCCUUUUCUUUGCACAGAUUUUUCUUAUGCAGUCCAGGUUGUAUUAUUCACCCAAUUUGGUAUCCUUCUCUUUCUCCUUACCUAUCAUAAGGAUUGUUCUGUGUUAUUACAUUCCCAAUAAACGUUUUCUCACGGCAUAAUUACUUCUAGUCCAUAUCUAAUGGUGAGAACUAAAACUAUUUUAGACACCACAAUUAGAAACCACACAGAUUUUACACUAAUGAAACACAUCAGAAAUGUUAUCAGUUCCCCAAAAUAGAAGUUCCCUCUUGGUUCUGUUUUGAUUUUUAUAAUUUAUUCCAAGUUCACACCUCUCAGCUCUGUACACCUUGAGCAGGACAGCUGUCCCCCAGUAACCUCUCAGGAUUGGCUGCUGGAUCCCUCACUGGGACGCUAAAGCCCCUGAUAGAAAUUGGCAUAGUAUUUGCAUAUAAGCCUCCAUGUCUCCUUCCAUAUGCUUUACAUAAUCUCCAGAUGACUUAUAAUACCUAACACAAUGUAAAUGUUGUAUUUUUUGUUGUAUUGUCAUUUUUUGUUGCUUUUUCUGAAUAUUUUCAACCUGCGGUAGGUGUAACCCACUGAUACAAAACCCAUGGUGUGGUGGGCUGGCUGCGGCUGGUUGGGAAUAAUGAAACUCUGUGCCAACGGAAGGAACAGCAUCAGACAGUCCCUGAGCCCCUGGAGGGUUUACCUUGGAAGUGAGGUGGCUUCUCAGAGGAUCGGGAUUGGACCAAUGUUCCCAGGAGGCAAGGCAGGGCUGAUCUGCUCCACUCACACUCCACCUCUCUACCCACUUCUGGCCUUCCCUGUACCUUCCCAACCCCCGUUUCGGACCUGCCUGCAGUUGACAGACCUUGCAUACUGCCUCUUACCUGACAUCUGGCCCUUACUGCUACUCAUCUUUUAAAAGUGGGUUCAGUACACCUUCUCAGCACCCCCAGGCUGGGUUAUAAGCCUCUCGUGUGCAAUUACAACUCUUACUGACUCUGGGUAUUUCACGGGAAUUCCUCACCAUUGCUCUAAUGGGGCAAGGACCCCAUCUCAUCCUUGCCACGCCCCAGAACCCAGGACAGUGCCUAGUAUGGGGUAGGGGCAGGACGCCUGUGUCGAAGGACCACCUUGCUCUCUGUGGCAUGUGAUCUGCAUAGCAAUCACAAGGUGGCGCUCACCACACACCAUUUACAGCUCCAGGAUAUUCUAGUUGCCAGGGACACCCUGCCUGGCCUGGGACGGGGUCCUCGGAGUUGCAUCCUCUCU